AUGGAAUGCCCGGAGUUUGAUGAGUAUACAGAUUCUCUACUGAUGUUUCUUCACUCCAUUCCUGGUCUGAAGGAAGUAAAAGUUUGGCUUAACAACCUGAUUGAGAGCUGGGCAGCUGGUCUGUUCUCACUCUUCCUGUCUUGUUCCAGCUUACUUCACGUGCAAUUGAAAACCAGUAUGAGUCUUGCUAAUGAUGUGGAGAGUUUAGGUCUGCUGAGAGAAGAUGAUGAAGUGAGGCUGUCUGUCGGCUGUAACCAUCUGAAUUAUAUAGAUAAUUAUGAUAUUGACCUCUUUAAACCUCCGGAGCACAAAGUUCUUCCCUGCGUCACCCUCACAGUGACAGAUGAGCCUGAGAAUGCAAACGCGGACUGGAAUAGAUUCUUUCAGGCCUACAACCAGCUGAAAGACUUGACUGAGUGUUCUCCAGAGUAUGAUCAGAGUAUGAGUGAUCUACUCUCCAUUCUACAUUCAGUCUCUGGUUUGAAGAAGGUGGAUCUUAAUUGUAGAUUCAUGACUGUUAAUGGAGCGUCCAGAGUCCUGGAUCUCAUUCAAAUGAACCCCAGUCUAAAUACAUUGAGUUUUUUGACUUCUGAGUUGCCUGAGUCAAAUAAGGUGAACAUCAAGAUGGACUACAGGAAUAAAUUCUACAGUAUCAAUAAGACAAGUGAAGAGGACAGUGAUUCAGAAGGAUCAAAUAAGAUUCGGUUUUCAUCUGCAAGACAGAUUUCAGAUGAUAGUGAUGAAGACAGCAUGUCCUCAUCUCUCAGCGACUGCAGCGAUGAAAUUAAGUGA